CUCCGAUGAUGUCAUGAUGUCAUGUUUUGCGGCAAUGUCGCAAACUGUGAAUCUGCGGAGCUGGUUUACGGCACGUCGUCCGUGAUCUCUGGUGGGUCUGGAAAAGGUUAAAGUGAACCCGCAGUAACCAUGCCGUUUGUUGACCUUCAGUCCAGGCUGGGAAUCAAUUUGGACAAGUGGAUUCUGGCCCAGAGUGGAGAGCAGCCUUACAAGCGAGCCGCACGUUGUCACGCUUUUGAGAAAGAGUGGAUCGAGUGUGGCCAUGGCAUCGGUUACACCCGUGCUAAGAAAGAAUGCAAGCUCGAGUUUGAAGAUUUCUAUGAGUGCAUGCACCGACAAAAGACGAACAAGCGCUUGUAUGAGAUCCGGAAGCAGAAGGAAAAGCUGAUUAAAGAAGGCUCGUACACACCUCCUGCACAUCACAAUGGCAAUGAAGAACCUCGGCCCUGAACCCUGAGCUCUCAGCUCCUCGUCCAGCUCGCUGUUAGACACUUGGUGUGCUGACUCUCGUGUAUUAUAAUUAUUCUAACAAUAUUGUUAUCUGUUCCACUCAAAAUUUAAUAAAUACUAUUCAUUA